AUGACCAGCUGUUUUCGAGUCAUUGAGCAUGUCAUUCCCUGCCAGCACAUCAGGGAGUACCCUCAUGCGACGGCUACAGAGCAAGAGGAAGUACUCAAUCUAGCUGUUAAGCAAUAUAUACCUCUGGAUAAUCCAAACCCACAACCCGGCGAUGUCACCCUAAUAGGUGCGCAUGCCAAUGGAUUUCCAAAGGAACUAUACGAGCCCUUGUGGGAAGAAAUACAUGCGCGCUCCAAGAAGGCUGGUUUUCGCAUUCGUGGUAUCUGGAUUGCGGAUGUUGCUCACCAGGGACAAAGUGGGGUGCUUAACGAGUAUGUUUUGGGGAAUGACCCGUCAUGGUAUGAUCAUCCGCGCGACCUCCUCAACUUAGUCAAUAUGAAGCGGGCUGAAAUGCCUCGCCCUAUUGUAUCAUGGAAAUACCUAACGAGCCCUGGGAAAAAUUUCAGAGUAACCCUUUCAAUCCUUCAUCCGCGACUCUUCACGUCUCUUAUUCUACUCGACCCUGUGAUCAACAGACUUGAAGUUCUCGACGAUGAAUAUUCCAAACAGGCCAAGGUUAAAAUACCAGUUGUAACCCUUGUGUCAACAUACCGGCGGGAUCUCUGGCCAUCCCGAGUAGAUGCCGAAAAGGCCCUCAAAAGAAACAAAUUCUAUCAAAACUGGGAUCCCCGUGUGCUUGAAUGCUUCGUAAAGUAUGGACUCCGAGAAUUACCCACCGCUAUAUACCCACUGGAGGGCAGUUCUGCGAAUAAAUCCGUGGGCGAGAGGCCUGUAACUCUCACCACAACUCGGCACCAGGAAGUAUUCUCCUUCUUUAGGGCGGCUUAUGGGUUAAACUCAAAUGAUUGUCAAUCUGCAAACCGCCUCACUCACCCUGACCUUGACUCCCACAUAUACAAAUCUGCAUUCCCAUUCUAUCGGUAUGAAGUUAAUAAAACAUUUGAGAUGCUUCCUUUUGUGCGGCCAAGUGUUCUAUACCUAUUUGCAGAACACUCGGAAGUCAGCAAUCGAAAGCUAAAUCAGGAAAAGGUUGACCAGACUGGUAUCGCGGUUGGUGGAAGCGGCGGUGCUGCUGAAGGGAGGGUGAAAGGCAUAGUUAUGGAGGGUGUGGGACACUUGAUAGCCAUGGAGGCUGUCAAUCAAACAGCUGAGCUAUGCGCUAAUCAGAUAAGCACUGAGAUGCAACGCUGGCGCAAAGAGGAAGAGCAGCUGGCGGAGGAAUGGAAGAAAAGAUCCCCAAUUGAGAAGAUGACUGUCGAUCAGGAGUGGAUUAGACAAGUAGAUUUAUUACGUUUACGGAAUGUGGGGAAGAAACCCACGACUGCAGCCAAGUUGUAA